AUGGUGGUGGUCGCGGUGCAGCUUCGGGAGGCGGUGAAACGGCGUCUUUCUGCCGCUGCGGAGGAAAUCUGUGAACUGUUGGAGAAAUGCAUCAGGGACUAUGAAGAGGAGACCAGGAGACAAAGGGGACAGGGCCAGAGAGGACAGGACCAGGCCGGGGCACAUGAGAAGGAGACCAGGAGAUCGAGGAAGAAGAGACAAAGACAAAUCUUCAAGACAGAUUAUCUGGAGCCUGAUGAGGAGGCGUCAGGCAGUGACAUCACACUACAGCUCCAUUUAAAGAAAGAGGAACCGCCAACCCCAACAGAAUCUAAAGUGAGCUAUGACUCAGUGAGGAGCGAGGAACAGGAGACAUAUGCGACCGCACAGUCUUCGGACCUGGACCAGGACAUGAGCCAGGACCAAGGACCAGACCUGGACCAAGGACCAGACCUGGACCAAGGAUCAGACCUGGACCAAGGAUCAGACCUGGACCAAGGAUCAGACCUGCACCAAGGACCAGACCUGCACCAAGGACCAGACCUGCACCAAGGACCAGACCUGCACCAAGGACUAGACCUGGGCCAUGGACUAGAUUUGGACCAAGAACUAGACCUGGACCAGAGCAUGAGCCAGGAUCUGGACCUGGAGUUGAGCCAGGAGCAGAGACUGGAGCUGGACCACCCUCACCUGUGCCCCUCCCUCUCUGACUUGCGGCCACACUGCUGCCCGUUUUGUGAGAAGAGCUACAAGUGGCGCUACGAGCUGACGCGUCACAUGCGCAUCCACACGGAGGAGGCCUUCAGCUGCCCACUCUGCGCCAAGCGCUUCUUCAGACGAGACCACCUCAAUGCCCACAUGGUGGUCCACACCAAGGACAAGCCCUUCCCUUGCCCCCUGUGCCCUAUUUCCUUCAAACGCAGAGCUGACUUGGAGCGCCACAAGACCAGGCACAAGAAGCCAGGGGGCGCUGCGGAGCGGCCGGAGCGGCCAGAGCGGCCGAAGCAGAGAGAGUCCAGUGCUGCCUCGCACCUGGCCAGGCGCCCGGCUCGAGAGCAGCUCCUGAGAUACUUCUGCGCUUUCUGCACCAAAGGGUUUCGAUCGGUAUACCAUCUGCAACGCCACAUGACCAUCCACGACAAGGAGCCAAGGAGAGGCCAGAAGAAAAACCAGACAAAAGACAAGCCCAAAGCUCAGAAGAAAGGCCAGUCCAGUGAGAGCUCGAAGCGCAAACCUGCCAGGAUUCACCAGUGUGUGCUCUGCGGGAAAAUAUUUCGGUCCUUCUACCACUUGCAGCGCCACUCUAAAGUUCACAACAAAGACCAGAACUUGGGCCGGAGCCUAAACCAGACCCUUGACCUCACCACAGUCCAGCCCUCUCCGGAGCUGAAUCCAGAGCUGAGUCUUCCCCCGCUGCGGCGUCACCCGUGUGUCUUCUGUGGGAAAACCUGUAAGAGUCUGACAGACCUGAGCCGCCAUCUGCGCGUCCACACCGGGGAGCGGCCGUACAAGUGCCAGCUCUGCGAACGCGCUUUCUCGCGCAAGUACCACCUACAGGUUCACCUCAAGGUCCACAGUAAGCAAGCCUUCUGCUGCUCUCUGUGUGGCAAGUCCUUCAUCACAGAGAAUCGCCUACAGGACCAUCUGACCAGACACAUGGACUCCAACAUGGAUCCGGACCAAGAGUCCGAGCGAGGCCAAGAACCAGAUUGUUUUCUAGACUUGGACCCGGACAUGGAUCCAGACAUGGACUCUGACAUAGACCUAGACAUGGACUCGGACAUGGAUCCGUACGAGGCAGAAUCGGUACAGGAUCCUCUGGAAACGCACCAGGACCCAGAACCAGAGCAGGAAGGAGCCGCUACCAGCACCAGCCUCAUCUACUGCAGCUUUGACUGA